GUAAGUGCUCUCUAACCACAGUCUAUGCAGUAAUAGUAGGUCCUUCAAAUAUUUGCUCAUUCUCUUUUUUUUUUGUUUUGUUUCCUUGCUUUUCACAUGUUACCAGUGCUACACAAUUUUUUGACAGGGAAAAAACCAACUAUAGAGUCUAUGCAAUCCAGGAACACUGUAAAACUAAAACAAGGUUUGGCUAUGGUUUGUGUUUUCAGUUUGAGGAUCCAAGAAGUAUUUACACCAGAAGGUGAAAGCUCUGCGUGAACCGAGAGGGACUAUGGCAUCAAACAGCCUGUUCAGUUCAGUGACACCAUGUCAGCAAAACUUCUUUUGGGAUCCCAGCACCAGCCGGAGGUUCAGCCCCCCCUCCAGCAGCCUGCAGCCCGGCAAGAUGAGCGAAGUCAGCCCGGUCGUAGUAGCCCAACAACAACAGCAGCAGCAGCAGCAGCAGCAGCAGCAGCAGCAGCAGCAAGAAGCGGCGGCCGCCGUGCCCAGGCUGCGCCCCCACGAUAACCGCACCAUGGUGGAGAUCAUCGCCGACCACCCCGCCGAGCUGGUCCGCACCGACAGCCCCAACUUCCUCUGCUCCGUCCUGCCCUCGCACUGGCGCUGCAACAAGACCCUCCCGGUGGCAUUCAAGGUGGUGGCCUUAGGAGAAGUGCCCGAUGGGACCGUGGUCACCGUCAUGGCUGGAAACGAUGAGAACUACUCUGCAGAGCUGCGAAACGCUUCUGCUGUGAUGAAGAACCAGGUGGCCAGAUUUAAUGACUUACGAUUUGUGGGCAGAAGUGGAAGAGGGAAGAGCUUUACUUUGACAAUAACUGUCCUGACAAAUCCCCCCCAAGUCGCUACAUACCACAGAGCUAUAAAGGUUACAGUGGAUGGGCCAAGGGAGCCAAGAAACCCCAGGCAGGCGCAGUCAUCCCCGCCAUGGUCCUAUGACCAGUCUUAUCCAUCCUACUUGAGCCAGAUGACUUCACCGUCCAUUCACUCCACAACUCCCCUGUCCUCCACUCGAGGCACAGGACUUCCAGCCAUUACCGAUGUGCCCAGACGCCUCUCAGGUGCUUCAGAGCUGGGCCCAUUUUCAGAUCCCAGGCAGUUCACAAGCAUUUCAUCCCUCACUGAGAGCCGCUUCUCCAACCCACGAAUGCACUAUCCAGCCACCUUUACCUAUACACCGCCAGUCACCUCAGGCAUGUCACUGGGUAUGUCCGCAACCACUCACUACCACACCUACCUACCACCACCCUACCCCGGCUCUUCCCAAAACCAAAGUGGACCUUUCCAGACCAGCAGCACUCCAUAUCUCUACUAUGGCACUUCGUCAGGAUCAUACCAGUUCCCCAUGGUGCCGGGAGGGGACCGCUCCCCCUCCAGGAUGCUUCCUCCGUGCACCACCACGUCCAACGGCAGCACGCUGUUAAACCCUAACUUGCCCAACCAGAGUGACGGUGUGGAGGCGGAUGGCAGCCACAGCAGCUCCCCAACCGUCUUGAAUUCUAGUGGCAGAAUGGAUGAGUCCGUUUGGAGGCCGUACUGAGAUUUCUUCUGUAGCCGGCCUGACCUCCGCGAGCCAAAAAAAAAAAAAACAAAACCAAACCAAACAAACGGUCGACUAACUACGAAGUGCCUGUUUUUUGUGUUUUUUUUUUUAAAAAAAAAAAAAAUAGAUUUUACCGAUAUGUGCAACUGUGUAGAUGGGAUGAUAAUGGCCAUAAAUAACACAAGAGUAACCAACACACCACAACCCAUGUUUCAGAUUAUGUGGAUCAAAGCACAUAUUUUUAUUUUUUUUUUCUUGGAACCAUUUUACCUUGUUUUAUAUUUAAAAUGUACUUUUUACAAACACAAAAAAAAUCACCCCCUCCUUCUUUUUUCUUUUUUUUUUUUGUUUUUUUUGGUUUUUUUGGGUUUUUUUGUUCUAGAGUGUUGUAAUAACUAGUGAGUUCUUUUGCCAAUGAGGAGAGAACGGACUCCCCAGCUAUCAGGAGAAACAUGGUGAUGCAAGGCAAAGGCUGCAUUCCCUUUUAUUUUUUAAUAAAAAAAACCCUAACCAUGAACUCCAGAUACAGUUGCAAUCAUACAACGUAUGGGACCCUCUUCACACCCGUAGUGCAAUUCAACUGGCUUGUAUUGGUGCACAUAAAAAGGAAAGCAAAGAUUGAGUUGCUUCCAUUUUGCCAUGAUACAUUCAGAUGAAAACAGCUGUCCCAAAAAAACUCUGUCCGAGCCUUGCUGCAGAUAACGGUUGGAACUUCUCUGUGUUCAUUGCUUUUUUGGUUUGUUUUUGGGUACUUAAAGAGAACGAGUCUUCAAGUUAGGCUAGACAACCCUGGGGUUUCCUUUUUGCUUUUGUAUCCAUUCAUUUUGCCUUCGAUUAGCCAAAAACCAAAAAUAACAACCAAAACCUUUAAAAACAAAAAACAAAAUGUUAUUACUUAUGCAAAAUAUGAAAAUGGCAUUAUAUAUUACUAGAGCCAAAAUGGUAUACAUAGUAUUUGUGUUCGGCUAUGUUCUUUUUUAUUUUUUUUUUUUUUAAAUUAUAAAUGUGUAAAAUUUGAGGUUGUUUGCUAACAUGAAUCAUCAUAUAACUUUAAAAGAAUAUUUAUAAUUAUUUAAUGACAUUUGGACCCUUUAAACGUUUCUUAAUGUAAUGAUAUAUUGACUUCGGUCUCUAAAAGUGUUUUUGUUUUGUUUUGUUUUGUUUUUUACUUAUUACAUUUCUGCAAUGGUGUAAACCUCAAACCUUUACCCAACUUUGAAAAGCAGUUCCAGUGUGAACCAGUUUACAAUGUGACUUAAAAAUGACAAACCCAACCCAAAUGCAUCCACAUCAAAUGAUUUUGGAUGUAGGAUCUUUUUAUAUAACUUAUGAAGGAAAUAUUGUGUUUAAAAUAUUUUUAUUAGCUGUCUGGUUGCCUUCAACACAGUCUUGCCUUUUAAUCAGUAGUUGUGGAGACACUGGAAAAAUGGUAGGAAGGAUGAAAUAUUUUCCACCCUUCCCCUAAUUUCUUCUUCUCCCAGGAUUUUUCUCAGAACUUCAAAAUUUGAAAAUAUUCAUAGUAAAAUGUUCUGUUUUAACAGCAUGAUUUGAAUUUCGACAGGGUUUUUUUUUUCCCCAAAGAAAAUUCAAAACUGUUUCAAAGCCCGUGUUUUACAAGUUAAUGAAUUGUUAAAUAUCUCAGAAAUGGGAUUAAGGGAGAAUUGGUGAAACUUUUUCCCCUUCCCUUGCAAUAUCAGCCCACUCGAUAGAAUAAAAAGGUUCAAAACUUGAGACAGAAACUGCCUGGUAGCGCAUCACCGCCCGUUAGCAUUAAAUGCUAGAGCCGUAAGGAUGCUGUGUUGACUUUGAAGCUGAUGGGGCUGUUGCCGUGUUAGAGGGACAAGCACGAGGGCAGCGAUACUCACCUCCGCAAACGCUGAAGACAAAAAGUCACCUUAAAAGCCACCCCGGGGCUCCCAGGCGCGAUACAGGGAGAGCAGAUUGCACCCGAAACCCUUACCCGACCUGUCUGCUGCCAAACUCUCCAGCCGAGGGCCCCAAAUUUUGCCCAGCCCAGGGCGGCUACAGCAAACAGGGAGGCGACGCGGCAUCGGCGGGAUGCGGCGGGAGCCGAAGGGCUCUCCCCACGCAAUCCUCAAGCAGGUGACGUUAAGCCUGGUUUAGCGGGACGUUCGGCACGUGCCGAUGGGGUUUGCCGGCAUUCCCUCCUUCCCCAGCCUUAGCCAUCGCCGUCCGCAGCCUCCGCGGGGGGCUGUCGGCCACCACGCCGCUCCUUGGCUGUACUUUGGCUGCCUCCAAAGUAUUGCGAUAAAUCGACGGUGGGCAUAGCCAUACAGAGCCGGACGACACCGUCGCUGCUCGUUAAUAGCGAAGCUGUUAAACGAGUUGACGUUAGCAUGGUACAACCCUCCGAUUUGCGUGAUGACGCGCUCUUAAAAAAAAAAAAAAAUUAAUAAAGUCUUUGCCUUCUAAAGGUUGUAUACCAAGUAUGCUUAAAGUAUAAGUAAGACACUUUCUUUUUCUUCUAAUACUUAGUUUUCCUUCAAAGAUGGAAGCUGUAAUUGAUUCUAUUUAUUGUUGGUUUGUGGUAGCUUGAAGCAUACCACUGUCCAUUUAUUUGUAACUGUAAAAUACGUUUGUUAGUCUCAGCAGCACUUAAAAAGCCAGUGUCUGGUUACACAUUUCAGUUUUGUUUUUUGUUUAGUAAGCAAGAGAAAAAGAUGUACUGCCAGUGCAAGCUGUUUCCUAUUUAAUAAAAGGUACUAUAUUUGUACAUUAUUUGUUAUUGCUGAGAAGGGCUUUUUAAGGUUUACUGUAUGCAUAUUAAGUAAUUUUUAGGGUGCUUUUGUGUUGAAAUGUUGUUAAGAGUGGCUGCAGGCAGCAACCCAGAUUUUUUUUUUUUUUUUUUUUUUUUUUUUUUAAGACUUUGUUGUAAAAUUCAAGCACUUGGUUUUUGUUUCUGGAUAAAUCCAGCACGGACCAGACUUUUGUUUUGCUCAGUACCGACAGGACUCUGUUUGUGUCCCCGCGGUUUUUCAACUGGACCAUUAGGGACAGACGUUGAAAACGUUUUCUCCUCCCGGUCGAGGCGUGCGUACCCGAUCCGUGCCCUCGGCUUCCCUGGCCGUGCAGGCAGGCGUCUGGCUCUGCCUGCUUGAGAUAGGAAGGAAAGGAUUUUCUAAGUACCUACGGACGGAGGAGCACCAGCCCCUUGACUUUUAGUAGACCCCCGUGCUCCUGAACCUUCCUGGUGCCUUUGGAAAAUCUCUCCCGGUACGUCAGGCUGGUCACGGAGGGAGUUGUGCAGGCUGAGGCAGAGAUGCUCAUCAAAGCUUUGGGAAAAUGCUUUCAGGUUCACUUGGAAAUGCUCUUGAAUCAGGAUUUCAGACCAAAAAGAACCCCAACUGGCGCUAUGUAGUAAAUCAUAUCAGAUUAUUUGAUGUUUUGCGAGGUGCUUAGCAUUGACAGAAAGUUUUCUCAAAGGUACGACAGCCCUUCCCUUCGGUGAGUGGCAAUCUUUGGCACCGUUCAUAGAUUUGAAGAUUAAAAAAUGGCCUUUUUUUGCUUUCCAGCUCUCUUAUCCUACCAAAGAUUUACUUCCAGCACAACAGGCACGAUGUCCCUUUUGCCGAGCGGAGGAUUAAAUCCUCCUCUCCCUCCUCCUAAGGGUAACCAGAUCGGGGUCAGCGGGUCGGGACGGAUGAGUAAAGCAAAUUAUUUAACUCACAGCAUCAUUCAUGUGGCGUUUAUCGUUUCUUUUAAAAGACCAGCUGCUGUGUAUUUCUUAGCAUUGAAUUUUUUUGCCAGCAGUCCCCCGAGCAAAGAUUUACCGGUUUCCACAGGUACCAUCUCGAGUGGGGAAAAUUUUGCACUUUCACACUUAGCAAAGCAAAGCUCAGCCCCGCGCCGGGCUGCACGCGGCCAACAAGCCAUGAGCAAAAGCAAUAAUUAAAACCUGGAUCAGCCAUGAGCUCAAAGAAGCCCCAUUCUCUGAACCCCUGAAUUUCUUGUUGUUUUUAAAUAGAAUGCAUUUCAUUUUAACAUUUUCUGAGAACUUUUUUAGAUGUUUGUUUACUUCCAUGUUUACAGAUAACUCUUUGCUUUUUUUUUUUUUUUUUAAUGCAGUACUUUUAAGUAUAUCAGCCAAAACCAUACUUUUACAGUAACUUUUGUUUUAGGUAAUAUGAGUGACAUUCCAAUUUUUUUUUGUUGUUGUUGUUAAAUAUGCUUUACCAGUCUUGAAUUUCCGCUGGAACAAAAUAUUUGUAGCAUUUUGUGUAAAUACAAGCUUUAAUUUUUUAUUUUUUCAAAUGCUGUCACCCGAGAUUUGCUUUUCAUGCACAUAUUGUACAAACACACUCUGCUUUAUGCCACAGACGAUGAUUGUGGAUCAGUUUACUUCAACUUCAAAGGGACUAUUUGUAUUGUAUGUUGCAACUGUAAAUUGAAUUGUUUGGCAUUUUCUCAUGAUUGUAAUAAUAAUUUGAAGUUUGAAUUUCAUUUUCAAUAAAAUGGCUUUUUUUUGUUAA